GAGUGAACUGUUCGUCCGAAGAGAGGUGCUUCUUCCCAAGGAGAUUUGAAUAUAAAAAUCUAAAGCAACGUAAUAUUAUAAAUAAAAAUCCUGUAUAAAAGCGGAUAUAAAUUAUAAAAUAUAAAAAAAAAAAACAAAAUAAAGUAGUGGAUUAAACGAGUGCAGCAGUGUUGAGUUGAGAAUAUAAAAGCGUGUCAUUUUAUAACGGAUUAUUUUCAAAACCCAACCUUUCAUAACGGAUUAUUUUAUUAAAAACACAUACGAAAACCCCAAGACACUCAGUUGAUUCACUUUGGUGUUGGAGUGUUUUCAUAUAUGUUAUCCCCCAGACUUGGACGUAACAGUAUUUAAAUUAAGGAUUUCCAAAACUACACAGACACCCUAACACACAACAUGGGACAACCACAUAGGCGAUCGAAUUGGCUGGCUUUAUUUUGUAUAGUUUUAACGUUAAAGAAUGCUUACUGUGAGGGACCUCAUGUGGACUCUGCUUCCCUGCCACUUGAACACAGAUCGGUAUAUGGAGCACCACCGCCCUCACCCGUUUAUGGAUCACCACAAACAGCAUUAGCUGCCAGUCCCAGCAAUGAUAUCGCCGACGAAGCCUGGCCGUUGGCCACGACGAACGAUAGCCCCCAGAUCAAACACUUGCAGGUGCAAUGUGAAAAGACCCACAUGCGCGUCAAUAUCGAAUUCGAUCGACCCUUCUAUGGCAUGAUCUUCUCGAAGGGCUUCUACAGUGAUCCCCAUUGUGUCCAUUUGAAACCGGGCACAGGUCAUUUGAGCGCCACAUUUGAAAUUUUCCUCAACAGCUGCGGCAUGACAAGUUCGGCAAAUCACAAUGCUGCCGGCUAUGGAGCACCCACACCAUCGGGCAGUUAUGUAGAGAACACAAUUAUCAUCCAAUACGAUCCCUAUGUCCAGGAGGUUUGGGAUCAGGCCAGAAAAUUGCGUUGCACUUGGUAUGAUUUCUAUGAAAAGGCUGUGACCUUCCGACCUUUCCAGGUUGAUAUGUUGCACGCCGUUACCGCCAACUUCUUGGGUGAUAAUUUGCAGUGCUGGAUGCAAAUCCAGGUUGGUAAGGGACCUUGGGCUUCGGAAGUGUCAGGUAUUGUUAAGAUUGGUCAGACCAUGACCAUGGUGUUGGCCAUCAAGGACGAUGAGAACAAGUUCGAUAUGUUGGUACGCAACUGUGUGGCUCAUGAUGGCAAACGUGCACCCAUUCAACUGGUAGAUCAAAAUGGCUGUGUUGUCAGACCAAAGAUUAUGAGCAAAUUCCAGAAGAUCAAGAACUUCGGACCAUCGGCAUCAGUUGUUAGCUUUGCUUACUUCCAGGCCUUCAAAUUCCCCGACUCCAUGAAUGUCCACUUCCAAUGUGUCAUACAGGUGUGUCGCUACAACUGCCCUGAACCCAAGUGCGGACCUAGUUUGGCCGGCGGUGAGUAUGGUGUACCACAAAUUGGUGGUAAUGCCCUCUCCUCCGAGUACGGACCACCAGAGCCCUAUGAACGUGGAGACUUUGGUCUUGGCGGUUUGCCACCAGCAGCCUAUCCCGAUCCCAGACAUCAAGCCGGUGAUUCGACCGGUGCCUAUUCCGAAAAUCAACCAGAUGUUGUACCCUCACCCCAGGCCCAAACCGCCGGCAUUGCUGAUUCAGGUCCAGCUAGCUCUCAGGCCCCCGCCCAAAAUCCCAAUGAUUUGCACAUGCCUCCACCACCAUUGCCCGGCCAACCAGGCCAAUACAGUACCGUUAAGCGCAAGGACGACAUGGAAGGUGGAAAUUUGGUAUCGCUGGGUGGCCGUCCUCGCUCCGUUGAAGGACUUGAUGAUUUACGUGGUGUCCGCAGGCGCCGUGAUACCAUUGACGUUGUGGUCAAGCCAAGAAUCUACAAACGUGAUGCCCAAGAAAUGACCGAUGUCAACACCAGCCGCAUCAUUCAAGUGGUUGCCCCCGGUGAUGUGAACUUUGCCCUCAACAGCAAUGCCAACAACGAAACAGUGGUCAUACAAUCAGCACGCAAUGCUGAUCCAGAAACCAUCUGUAUGUCGGUGCCCAGCUUUGUAGGCGGUCUGGUUAUGCUCCUACUUGUUUUGGCUGUUGCCUCCCUAGUCGCUGCUUUCCUCUUUGUUCGUGUCCGACAUUUCGAUCGCAAAGGAGCACCCAUGGGUUAUCACAAUUAAGUUGUUAUUGUUAGUUGGGCCCAACAAACUAGGCCCACGCCGCCUAACUUCCACAUAGACUUCUCAAGCUUCUCACCCAAUGCGAAAUCCCCAUUGUUACUGCUGGUUGCGACGACAUCUCUUUACAAAAACAUCCAUUACCUCUCAUCGAUAGAAACAACAAAUUCAACAAAUCAUGAUAUAAACAAAAGAAAGAAAGAUAGAAAAAAACCAACAACAACAAACCAUAAAAAGGAUUCUCUUAUUAUUAUUUAUGUAUGUGUGUAAUUUAUUUAUUAAUUAAUUUAUUUAUUAUUUUUGUAUUAUUUAUUUCCGUUCUAAAUGCAAAAACAAAAACAAAUGGACUUUUUUGUAUUUAUUUAAUUAAGUUUCGAAAAACUAACGAAUAAAAAAACAAAACAACACGAAAUGAAAAAAA